CAGUACAGCCUAGUCUGAGAGAGAGGGAGCAGUCUAGUCUAGUCUUAGCGAGCAGUACAGCCUAGUCAGAGAGAGAGAGAUAGAUAGAUAGAGCAGUGUAGCCUAGUCUCAGAGUAGUACAGCCUUGUCUUGGGAGUAAAGACACAGUCUAGUCUCAGAGUAGUACAGCCUUGUCUGGGAGUAAAGACACAGUCUAGUCUCAGAGUAGUACAGCCUUGUCUGGGAGUAAAGACACAGUCUAAUCUCAGAGUUCAGUGUAGUGUAGUAUAGUGCUGGCAUUGUGUGGCAGUGUGCACUGAUGUGUAUGUGACUGGGAGAACUGGACAUUGACAACGAGACAAUGAGCGACAUAAUUGCGAAUGCGAUGGACCCGGAGUACAUGCCUAGAGAUCUUCCACGGGCCAGCACACUACCCGGAAACCAAGCCUCUAUACGAAUGAUUCGGGCAGCAAACCCCGAGAAGCGAAAGAGGAUCUUCUUGGCUAAAUUGGAACCUGAUGUUCGAGAGCGCUACCCUCUCAACUAUCAUCAGAUAUUGGGUGUGCUGGUUGGCUGGGAGGUUGAAGAUUUGUUUGACAUGCUAGCAGAUGGCUGGCUUAUGAAGUCUAAAGUGGAAGAAGUGGCACUGGACCUUGGUGUGGCAGGAGAAAGGGACACUCUGGAUUAUCUGGGUGAUGUAUUCAACAACAUGAGGCUUGAACAGUCAGGGACUUUAGACCUCCCACCCCCACCAGCAGCAGCAGCAGCAGCCUCACCUGCACAGCAGCAGGAUUAUCAAUUUCAGCGCGGUGCGCGCCAGGUGUCAAGCAGACUGUCCAUAAGUGCCGCUGAGUUCACACCGCAAAGCUUCACGCAACAACGGGCCAUGCAGGCAACACCGCCGCCCGGCAACAAUGACCUUCAAGUCGGCGAUGCGUCGUCGUCCGCAGGUUCCUUGAUGCACCAGGGUGGUGACCCUUCGCUCACAGGUGUCAACUCUACUCAUUAUGAUCAGAUGCUGCCGCCGAUGGAUCAGCCACCGCCGCCGCAGCCGUCUUCCGGUGUUGCUACUGCUGUUGUUAAUGCUGUUAAUGGUGUUAAUGAUGGUGGAGGUGAUGGUAGAAGUGAUGAGAGGGCCCUGCCGACGUGGAAUGCUGAUGCUGAUCUUGAAGAUCAUCUGCGUGAAAUUCUCGGACGAGAGAGACAUGUUAUGAUGGACAUGGAUGAUGUUACGCUUCUGAAGAAGCGGGUUAAGCGUCAGCUAGACAUUGUGUUGGGUAUGACUGACUCUGCGGAUAACCCAGGACAACUUGUCCAGGUUCUCGUCAAAAUGAAUGAUGUCUUGGAUCGGCAAGCUAAACACCUCGCUGAGCGCAGAAAUCUACUGGAACUCCAGCAAGCAGAUCAUCACAAGCUGUGUGAUCUUGCACACGAGCACAGGGAUGUGUUGGUCAAGUUAGAUAAGCUUGCGCUUUCCAGUGGUCCACUGCUAACUGAUGGUCAGCAGCAGCAGCAGCAACUGCUUCUUGGUCACCAGCGGCAACAGCAGGCACCGACAAUUGCACCACAGCAGGAUGAUCUUCCACAGCACCCCAAGCAGGAGCAGUAGCAGCAGCAGCAGCAAGAUAGUUCCUCACGCACACCUAAACAAAAUAAACAGCAGCGGCGACAGCAGCAGCGACAGCAGCAGCGACAGCAGAAGCAACAGCAGCAAGACGGUACAUUGGAAGCACAACAGGCAGAGCAAAGGAGACCUCAGACCCGGUCACAGACAGUGCAGCCAUCAUCAUCACUAACGGUGUCGUUAUCGACAAGAGACCACCGCGACCGCUCCAUACCUCCUGGAUACUAUGCCCAAUAUCAUAAUGCAGCAGCAGCAGCAGCAGCACUAGCUCCAAGACACGCUGCUCCUCAGGCAAUGACAAUGCCGGGAAUGCCGGGAAUGCACACAAUGCCGGGAAUGCACGCAUUGCCACAUUGGAACGUGUUUGCUCCUGCUGCUGCUUCUGGUGCCUACUCUCCUCUUACGCAGCUGCAGACAUAUCCUUAUUUCGCAGCAGGCAAUCAUGGGCAGCUCACGAUCCUUCUUCAUAGGUCCAUAUGACUAGCUUGUCAGUGUGCGGAAGCCGCAGUGGCUUAUCAGCAAGUCGAAGCGGCUUAUCAGCAAGCCGCAGCGGCUUAUCAGCAUGCAGUAGCAGCAGCAGCGGCUGCUGGUCAAGCAUUACCUAGCUACGCACCGUCACCGUAUCCUCUACCCGGUCUACCUAGGCCAGUGAGAAUGCUGCCUCCUCCUGGUGCAUAGCAUCCUGCCACUGCCACGCCGGCACUCGACUCUUACAUCCGUGAGAUAUGAAUACAAGUUCAUCAUUGGGCGGCGGUUCACACCAUUAGCCUCAGUCCGAUCACAUUCAAGAAGGUAGUAUCACACGAAGACAGUGCUACACGUACAUGCCCUUCGUCUCCUGCCAACUCUUCAGUUUGUUUUGAUCGAUAAGUUCUUGAAGUCCGAACGCUUUGAACUGCGCGAGAAUCCGCCAAGCCGCCAUUAUAGGGCCUGAAAGAUUUCACGUCAUAUAAUUCUGCUAUACAGUGAUGCUAUUCAUCUGUACCUGCUGUACUUGCUGUUUGACCAUGGCUCUGCUGUUCAUCUGUACCUGCUGUUUGACCAUGGCUCUGCUGUUCAAUCAUGGCUUCUUUUUUUUUCUCUCUCUCUCUCUCUGUGCUUUUAAAAUUUAUUAUGUAUGUGUACGUAUAGAUGAGCUGUUGUGGUAAUAGUAUUUCUCUUAGUCCUAGUACUAGCGGGGUAGUACUAGCGGGGUAGUACUAGCGGGGUAGUACUAGCGGGGAUGAGUGGGCCGUACAGGCACAGUGAUGAACCACGCUAACAGUCCACGUCCAACAUGAUAAAAUGACAACAAAAAUAACAUAAUAUGAGCCGUCAGAUCGAACAGACCUUAUCACAAAAACUGUAAUUGUUAUGUCGAAUGUUUUCUAUGGAUUGUUUUUUGUUUUGUUUUUUGUUGAUUGUUUUAAAGGGUGCUGUGAUUUCUACAUACUUGUUUUACUUGUUGACAUGACGUGUACGCAGGCCAGUAAAGCCGGUAAUGCCAAUGUACAUGCUAUCUUCGCCGUGCACACAGCUGUCCCCGCGUUGAUUUGCUACACUCAACCCCGCCGCCGCCGCGCACGUCUACUACUGAUCCUGAGCUGCUGUCCUGCUGCUAGCAUGUGAUGUGCGUUUUAGUUUUUCAGCGUGACUUGAUUUUCUCGACGGCAAGGAACGCACGCCUCUCCCUUGCCUGCCUGCACUCACACACACACACACACACACACACACACACACACACACACACACACACACACACCUAAUUACAAUGGCACAAUACAGUCUGGUUGAAUACUCAGUUGUUUGGAAUGAAAAAUCUUUCUUUUUUAAACCUGCUAUGCAGGUGUAUACGUGUACUGUUUUGUCAUCACUUCAGAGUAC